AUGGUCCAAGCAACAGCGGGCCAGAUCCGGCUGCCAGCUGGAGGCGGCGGCUCGCACGUGAGCAUUGCUCAUCGCAAGCUGGGGGAACCAAACAUGCAGCUUGCGGAGAACAAUGGGCACGCGCUCCCUUCCCACAUGCUCGGCACAAAACUGUUUUGCAGACUGCUUGCAGGAACCAUCAGCGUCCUCCUGUCCUUCCCUUUCAUCUUCAACCCCUGCUUGGGCUGCUCGGAGAAGACCCCCGAGUGGGCCGUCCUCAUCUACUACAUCCCCUUUGUGGUCAUUUUCCAGUUCGGCUGGGCAGCUACCCAGAUCUCUCAUCUCUCGCUCAUCCCGGAACUGGUCACCCACGACCACGAGAAGGUGGAACUCACGGCCUUCAGGUAUGCCUUUACUGUUGUGGCGAACAUCACUGUGUAUGCGCUGGCAUGGCUUCUACUGCACUUCAUGUUGGGUCACAGCGGGACGCCGAACCUUGGCCGCCAAGAUAUUCCAGUCUUCCGGAACUUGUCUCUGUUUGUUGUAGCUGUGGGGGCCUUUUUCUCACUGCUAUUUCAUCUCGGCACUCCAGAGAAGACUCGCACGCCCACCUGGGUGCCCGAACCCGAAGAACACACCCCUCUGCUAUCUGAUAGCCAGAAGAGACCCGUUCAACCCUACCUCCUCUGGAAGCACUGGCUUCUAGAACCUGCUUUCUAUCAGGUGGCGAUGCUCUACAUGGCCACGCGGCUUAUGGUCAACCUGUCUCAGACCUACAUCGCGAUGUACCUCACCAACUCCCUGAUGCUCCCAAAGAAAUUCAUCGCCACCAUUCCUCUGGUGAUGUACAUCAGCGGCUUUCUCUCCUCCUUCUUGAUGAAAACUGUGAACAAACAGAUCGGCAGGAACCUCACCUACUUCCUGGGUUUACUGAUCAUCCUGGCGUUUGCUUCCUGGGUGCUCCUAACGGAAAACAUGGGUGUGGAGGUUUAUGGGGCAGCGGUCUUACUCGGGGCUGGCUCAGCCACCGUCCUCGUGACGUCCCUCUCCAUGACGGCUGACCUCAUUGGCUCCAAUACGCACAGUGGCGCCUUCGUUUACGGGGCCAUGAGCUUCACGGACAAAGUCGCCAACGGGUUGGCAGUCAUGCUUAUCCAGAACCUGCACCCGUGCCCGACUCUACUGUGUUGCCCGGGCUGUAUGACCUUCUACCAUUGGGUGAUGGUAGCCGUCACCGGUGGCAUUGCUGUGAUGGCCAGCCUGUUCCUUGCCUGCAUCAUGCUGUGGCCCAUACGUCUCCGAUUCCAUGACGUUUCCGUCACAGGGCUGGCAGGAUCAGGGCCAAUCGUGUCUGGGCCCCUGGGGGAAGGGGACGAUUCCAUUGUGGUCAACUGAGCUGCAAGUUCCUCAGAAGGGCGAGAACGGCUCUGGGUGGACCAAGAUGCCCGGAAGACCCGUGACUUUUAUCUGGAUUUCCUCCCCACCCCCCCUUUUUGCCCCUCCCCUGGACUGUCCUUUCCAUUCAUUGCCCCCCCCCCCCCCCCCCGGCACAUUUUGCACAAUGAUGUCUCAUUGCUCACAAGUGAGCACGGUUUGCACACCUGACGUGAGUUUACUUUGCCUUCCUUGCACCAGAGACAAAACCCUUCGGCCUCCUCGUGUUCUUUUCUUCCCACAACGGGCAGGUCACUUCAUUUUGUGUUUCUCUAAUCUUUUUUUUUUUUGUCUGUGUAAAAAUUAUAUAUAUAAGAGUUUUUAAAAAUAUAUAUAUAUAUCUAAUAAAUUAAACAAUCUUU